AAAGAAUCUCAUUCGCUAAGAAUUUUCCCCGCCCAUCAAGUCCGCCAAUACCGAUCCCCGGGAGCCGGAGCCCCGCCCCCCGCCCCGGACCCAGCCGCAGAGGCCGCGAGCCGUGUGUGAGGGACGGAUGGUGAUCUGAGAGGAACCGGAAUCUUCCCGCCCAGCACAUUGAGGUGGUCCUGUGCCCUGGACUGGAGGCUGGAGGGAGUGGCUCACGAUGAGGCAGCAUCCCAGCAUGCCCUGCAGCAAGCCACAAGCAGCUCAGCAGAGUACAGCCAGAGAGAAGAGAGUGCUGUCACCAUGCACCCCUCCCCUGCCCGGAGACCGCCUCAGGCAUCGGACGCAGUGACAGCCGGCAUCCCACCCAUGUCUCCAGGCUCCAGUGGGGAAUUGUCCCCAUUUGACUUGUUGGGUGACAUUGGGGACCUCGGUCCGGGGUCUCCUACAGACGAUGGCUUGGAUGGAAACCAGAAUGAUUCAUCAUCGGGACAGAAAAAUGACGGCCAUACCGAGAUUGCUGAGCAGGCCAAGCAUGAAGCGGAGAUUGAGAAUCGGAUUGCAGAGUUACGGAAAGAAGGAUUCUGGACUCAGAGGCGUCUCUCUAAAUUUCCAGAACCGACUCGUCCAAAAAUCCUCUGGGACUACCUGUGUGAGGAGAUGCAGUGGCUGGCUGCAGACUUUGCACAGGAGCGGCGGUGGAAGAGGGGAGUGGCCAGGAAGGUGGUGAGGAUGGUGGUGAGACAUCAUGAGGAACUGAAGCAGAAAGAAGAGCGAGCGCGGAGAGAAGAGCAAGCCAAGCUGAGGCGCAUUGCUACCUCCAUCGCUAAGGAAGUGCGUCAGUUCUGGAGCAAUGUGGAAAAGGUGGUCCAGUUUAAGCAGCAGUCUCGUCUGGAAGCCAAGCGGAAGAAAGCUCUGGAUCUGCAGUUGGACUUCAUAGUGGGUCAAACGGAGAAAUACUCCGACCUCCUCAGCCAGAGUCUAAAUGAGACCGCACCCGUCAGCAAGACCAGUUCAUCCUGCUUUGGGUCUUCUCAGGGAGGAUCGCUGAGAACCAGCCCAACACCAUCUGUGUGCCAGAAAGACGGAGAAUUUCUCCCUCAUGAGGAUGAGGCGGAGGAAGAAGAUGAUGAAGAGACGAUAGAGAUUGAGGAACGUCAGGAUGGAAAUGACGCAGAGUCCCAUCGCCUUGAACUGGAGCUUCUCAAACGAGAGAGUGAGCUUCCCCUGGAUGAGCUCCUUCAAAGUCUUCCGCCUCAGAUCCUCCAAGAAGAGGCUGACAUAGAGGAUGCCGAAUCUGAACAGGACGACGACUCAGAGGAAGAAGACAACAUUGUAGCGGAGGAAGAUGAUGAAGAGUUCACAGCCAAUGAGGAGGAAGCUGAAGAUGAAGAGGAGACGAUUGCAGCGGAGGAAGCCCUGGAGGGCCAGCAGGACCAUACAGAGGAGCUUUCCCAAUUGGCUCAGGAAGGAGAAAUGUCCAUAGAAGAUCUUCUAAAGAAUUACUCGCUGGUACGGACAGAUGAGGAGGAGAUGGUGGAGCAAAGUGAAAGCAGCCUCAUAUCUGAGCAGGAGGCAUCCGAAUCUUCAGAAUGUGAUUCAUCGGACUGUGAAUCGGAGGGGGUGGAGUUUCUUGUGAAGCAGCAGGAUGAGGAUGUCGGUACUGACCAAUCGCAGCAGGAAGCUCCAGAACCCAAGAAAGAGAUCACUGAUAUAGCCGCCACCGCCGAAUCAUUGCAGCCCAAGGGAUACACAUUGGCCACUACACAGGUGAAGACCCCAGUCCCCUUCCUCCUGCGAGGAGAUCUCCGGGAAUACCAACACAUCGGCUUGGAGUGGCUGGUCACCAUGUAUGAGAAGAAGCUAAACGGGAUCCUGGCUGAUGAGAUGGGAUUGGGGAAAACCAUCCAGACCAUCUCCCUGCUGGCUCACCUGGCCUGUGAGAGAGGAAACUGGGGUCCUCAUCUCAUCAUUGUUCCAACCAGUGUCAUCCUGAACUGGGAGAUGGAGCUGAAGCGCUGGUGUCCCAGCUUCAAGAUUCUGACCUACUACGGGAACCAGAAGGAACGCAAGCUGAAGAGACAGGGCUGGACAAAAGCCAAUGCCUUCCAUGUGUGCAUCACAUCUUACAAACUGGUUCUGCAAGACCACCAGGCCUUUCGCCGGAAGAACUGGAGAUAUCUCAUCCUAGACGAGGCCCAAAAUAUUAAAAACUUUAAAUCUCAGCGCUGGCAGAGUCUUCUGAAUUUUAACAGUCAGAGACGACUGCUGCUCACCGGGACACCGCUGCAGAACUCGCUGAUGGAACUGUGGUCUCUGAUGCAUUUCCUGAUGCCCCACGUCUUCCAGUCACACCGAGAGUUCAAGGAAUGGUUCUCCAACCCGCUGACUGGCAUGAUUGAAGGGAGCCAGGAGUACAACGAGGGCCUGGUGCGCAGGCUGCAUAAGGUAUUGCGCCCUUUCCUGCUGCGCAGAAUUAAAAUAGAUGUGGAGAAGCAAAUGCCCAAGAAAUACGAGCAUGUCAUCUACUGCCGGCUGUCCAAGCGUCAGCGCUUUCUGUAUGAUGACUUCAUGGCACAAGCCGCGACACGAGAAUCUCUUGCCAGCGGGCAUUUUAUGAGCGUGAUUAACAUUCUCAUGCAGCUUCGGAAGGUGUGUAACCAUCCCAACCUGUUUGACCCGCGGCCCAUCCAUUCACCCUUCAUAACCAGCGCCAUCUGCUACAGCGUCCCCUCGCCGGUGCUACACGCUUUGCAGCGACAUCCACUCGAGUACGUGGACACGUCCUGGUUUGAUCUGGUUAAUCUGGAGGGCCAUGUGAGUCGUUACGAGAGCGACAUCUUCCUGUCCCGCCAUAAGCCCUCCCGCCAACUUAUCCAGGAAAUUGCAGACUCUCCGGAACCACCUCCCAGGCCACGCCCACUAAAGAUGAAGGUGAACAGGAUGCUGCAGCCUGUUGUAAAACCAGAGUCCCGGUCUGUUGUGGUGAAUAGUUCCCAGCCUGUUCAGAAACUCCAGGACACCCCUCCGGCACCCUCGCCUCCGCCCCCUCCAAGUACCCUUUUACCCCCACCCCCACCCAAUCCGCCUCCACCCGCCAUAGGAGCCCUUGGACAAGCCCAACCAGCUCCACAAGUCUUACCUUUGGUCCAGUCCACUCCGGUUGCCAUGCCCACUCCAGUUGCCAUGUCCACUCCAGCGUACAGCGAACUGGGAAAGUCGACUCUUCUUCAGAACUCCCAGACGGUGUACAGUGGCCCUCAGCGCUUCAUCCUCUCCCCGGACAUGCAGGCUCGCCUACCUUCAGGGGAAGUGGUCAGCCUGUCGCAGUUGGCAUCUCUGAGCGGGCGCCCCAUUCAUAGUCCAUCCACCACCAAACCGCUCACAUUACAGCUGCAGGGCGCCAAAUUCACACUAAGCGGUGCUCAGGUCAGGCCUGUGGGUGUCAGCCAGCCGCGGCCAAUGCAGGGUAAUGUUCUUCACCUGGUGUCCUCUGGAGGGCAGCACCAUCUCCUCAGCCAGCCAGCUCAGCUCGCUUUAAUCCAGGCCUUGGCCCAGCAGGCGGGUUCUCAGGCCCCCGCAGCGGCCGCUGCACAGCUGGUACAGAAUAGUGGAUCAGCGCAGAUCGGUGUCCAGGCCUUGUCUGUCCAGGGUCUGCAGCACCCCCUCAUGAACAACACUAAUAUCCCACCACCUUCAGGACCUGCUCCAGGACAGGUAGUGAAUACUCCCGGGGUGAUGAAGAUUGUGGUCAGACAGGCACCCAGAGAAGUUCAGUCCUCUUCACAGCGCCCUCCACUGGCUCCCCAGGUACGGCCGGUUCUCCGGGUUCUGCCCAGUGGUGCACACGGUGAGCAGUUGACCCCCCGGGAUGGAUUGGUGGACAGAGCAGCUCCAGCCACAUCUAACAUAACAUUGGCCUCCAGUCCUCUCCUAAUGGUCUCCAGCCCAAUGAUGACCUCAAGGCUUCCUUCUCCAUGUACCAUUGUCCCGAGUACUGAGGAUUCCCCCACCCCCCCUCUGUCUGGUGUGGCCCUACGCCUUGUGACAACGGGCCCAUCCCCCGCUGUACAGCUGGCAAACCACCACUCAUCCACUCCUGGACAUUCUGCAAUUCCAGCAAUGACAAACUGCUCCCCCUUUACCACCCUCACCUCUGCCCCUUCUAAUGGUGCUACCACCCAGCCCAUGGUUGGUUCAGACUCCUCCCCUAUAUUUCUGAAAUCCUCCCAGAAUUCAGACUCCACCCUCCUGAAUAGUCACCCCGUGCAGAAUGGAAAUGGCCUCCAGAACCAGUUGUCUGACUCCUUACCACCUGCAGUACCCAUGACCAGUGUGCCUAGUACGGUGAACUCUCCUUCCCCGCCUGCCGCCAUCAUCCCUAAAGUGUCUCCUCCCACAUACAACCUGAGCUUGGUGCCGGCCCUCAUCGCCAACUCCGCCUCCUCCAGUGCGGCUCGUUUCCUGACCAGUCCGCUCUCUCUCCUGGCUUUGUCUCCUCUGGCUGCUACUAACACUGGCCCCGCCCCAGUCAUUUAUACCCCCCCCAAUGCAGCUGCAUUUCCCGCCCUGGCCGCCCCUUCCUUAUCGGCCCCCUUACCCUCUGUCUCUGUGUCUGCGCCUCUGCCAUUACUGGCCGCCCCAUCCUUAUCUGCCCCACUACCAUCUGUGUCUGCCUCUCUGCCAUUGCUGGCUGCUCCUUCCUUAUCUGCCCCGUUGCCAUCUGUGUCUGCCUCUCUGCCGUUGCUAUCUGCCCCGUUGCCCUCUGCCUCUGUGUCGGCCUCUCUGCCAUUUCUGCCUGCCCAAUCCUUAUCUGCCCCAUUACCCUCUGCCUCUGUGUCAGCCUCUCUGCCAUUUCUAUCUGCUCCUUCCUUAUCUGCCCCAUUAACCUCGGCCUCUCUGCCAUUUCUGGCUGCCCAAUCCUUAUCUGGCUCAUUACCCUCUGCCUCUGUGUCAGCCUCUCUGCCAUUUCUAUCUGCUCCUUCCUUAUCUGCCCCAUUAACCUCGGCCUCUCUGCCAUUUCUAUCUGCCCCAUUAACCUCUGUGUCUGCCUCUCUGCCAUUUCUAUCUGCCCCAAUACCUUCUGCCUCUGUGUCUGCCUCUCUGCCAUUUCUAUCUGCCCCAUUAACUUCUGCCUCUGUAUCUGCCUCUCUGCCAUUACUGGUUGCCCAAUCUUUAUCUGCUCCAUUGCCCUCUGCCUCUGUGUCUGCCUCUCUGCCAUUUCUAUCUGCCCCAUUGCCCUCUGCAUCUCUGCCAUUGCAGGUUUCCCAAUCCUUCUCUGCCCCGUUGCCCUCUGCCUCUGUGUCUGCCUCUCUGCCAUUGCAGGUUUCCCAAUCCUUCUCUGCCCCGUUGCCUUCUGCCUCUGUGUCUGCCCCUCUGCCAUUGCUGGCUGGCCCUGUGUCUGGCCAGCUGGCUUCAUUUGCAGCUCCCUUACCCAUUUCAUCUGCCAACCAGAACCCAUUGACCGUGCCACACGUGUCGGUAGAGAUGCCAUCCACUGUCCCUGUGCUUUCAUCUCCUGUAUCGGUUCCCCUGCCGGCUCCUACUUCCGGCCCCUUACCGGCGCUGUCCACUCCGCCUCCAGGAACCCUGCUGGCAGCCACAGCUUCUAUGCUGGAGGCGUCUGGUAACCAGCCAUUACUUUUGUCUCCGGACUCGGCCCCCAUGCCUCUGCUAAAUACCUCAUUGGAUACACUGCCCCCCCCUGUACUUAACACAUCUCUUAAAUUACCUCCCAUGGCUUCGGCUCCAGUGCCCAUACUGCCAGCUCCUGUAUCUAAUGCAUUUCCUUUAUUGGCGGCAGCAUCCGGUAAAGUCCCGUUACUUUGUAUAACGUCUGCCUCUACCAACGUGCCAUUACUUCCUGCAUCCACUGCCACUCGGGUAUCUUCUGUUCUCCCCUCCACCUGUGUCCCCAACCAGCCUGGCGCUAUGAGGGCCCAGGGGGCUGUGGCAUCGAUAAUGUACACCACAUCCAUAUCCUCUUUCACCAAUUCCCCCUCCCCCCUGCUGUCCACCUCCACUUCCUUUCCCUCUUUGCUGCCUAAACCAUCAGCCCCUUUACUUGCUGUCCAGGUCAAAGCCCCAACUCUGCUACCAUCUGGAUUGGUGGAAGCCCCCACCUCUAUGGCCUCUGUACCCCCCCAGGUCCCAGCUUCGUGUACCUUGCCUGCUGAGACCCCAGGGCCACUACUUAUGUCGGCUGCUUUGAAGCCAGCUGUGGUUUCCACAUUGGUAGCUUCAGUGCCAACCCCGGGUUCAGCUCAGCCUGUCAUGCCCAUGGUACAAAUCAAGGCCCCAGCUCCCCUGCCUUCUCUUCCAGCCUCCACAGUGAUCCCAUCAAUGCCAGCCUCUGCCCCGGCUUCUCUCCCAUCACUGCCAGCCUCCACUCCUAUUCCUUUACCUUUACUUGCCGCCUCCACCCCCACCCCAGUGUCCUCUCUGCCAGCCUCCUCACCGGACCCUUCAUCUCUCUUACUGGUGUCGGCGCCAGCCCAGGCGCCUGGCUUAUCUUCUCCCAUUCUGGCUUCGUCUGUGGACCAUGCUCCGGUCUCACUGCUGCCCUCCUCUGGCACCAAUCCCUUGGUCAUCUCUGUGUCCGCUCCUUUAACGCUCACCGCUUCUUCCCCUUCCUUAGUGCUUUCUGCUCCCUCUCACGUCCCUCUUCUCCCUUCUCAGCCAAUAGAUGCACAGCCCCCCGGGAUAACGGUUCCUAAACCUUAUUCAUCGCCCUCCCCCUUUACAUCACAUUCCAACCUAUCGACCUCCCCCCUGACCAACACCCCAGACACGACUUCCACGCUUCCCACAUUGGUCAAUAGCCAGGAAUCCAAGAAUUUCCCAGAGUCUUCUCUGUCCCUCUCCAUCGCUGGUCCUCCACCGGUCAGUGUCACCUUCAGUACAGCAUCUGAGUCGGAGAUCACACUGGAAGGAGACGAGUCCCGCAUUACUCACAGCGCCGCCAUCAACACUUGUGUCAGGCCGAGACGACUGCUGCCCCCACCACCCCGCUCUCCCUUCUACUUGGAACCUCUGGAGGAGCGGCGGAAAAAGCAGAAGAUGGAGAGAUUGGAACGGAUAUUCCACCUGAAUGAGAGACGAUGCAGCUUAUCCCCGGUGUAUGGCACUGAGGUCCUCAGUGUCUGUACUCUGCAGACGUCGCUUUCAGGGACUUGCUCCCCGCAGACGGAUGCCUUGAGGAGGUGUAUCUUCACCCCAGAACAACGCCUGGAGCAGUUGCGUCCGACUAUUGAGAGGUUUAUCAUCGCUAUGCCUCCUGUGGAGGCCCGCCAGAUCACUCUGCACACCUCCCACCCUCCCCCAUCCAUGCUUCUUCAGGAGUCCCUGUUCAGAGAGAGGUUGUCCCAUGAGCUGACCUCUCACACUCGCUGUCUACAUCGAAUCGUCUCCAACAUGAGGACUCAGUUCCCAGACCUGCGGCUCAUACAGUAUGACUGUGGAAAGUUACAGACUAUGGACCGCUUGCUGCGGGAUCUGAAAUAUGGAGGCCAUCGUGUCCUCCUCUUCACUCAGAUGACCCGAAUGUUGGAUGUCCUGGAGCAAUUCCUCAACUACCACGGACACAUCUACCUGCGACUGGAUGGAUCUACACGUGUGGAGCAGAGACAGGUUUUGAUGGAACGGUUUAACAUGGACAAGCGCAUUUUUUGUUUUAUUCUGUCCACACGCAGUGGGGGUGUGGGUGUCAAUCUGACCGGAGCAGAUACAGUCAUUUUCUAUGACAGUGACUGGAACCCCACUAUGGAUGCACAAGCACAGGACCGCUGUCAUCGCAUUGGACAGACACGGGACGUACACAUAUACAGGCUGGUGAGCGAGCGGACGGUUGAAGAGAACAUCCUGAAGAAAGCACAGCAGAAGAGGAUGCUGGGAGAUAUGGCCAUUGAAGGUGGAAACUUCACCACGGCAUAUUUCAAGCAGCAUACUAUCAAGGAGCUUUUUGAAAUGGAAGAUAUUCCUUGCAAGGAAAGUGAAACGCGUGCAGUGUCUCCUGUGCAGAGCACAGAGGAAGGAGCGUCGGUGCGCCAGAGUAAUAUCUUGGAGCAGGCGCUGGGCCGAGCAGAGGAUGAGGAGGACACCCUGGCUGCCUCUCUGGUCAAGGCUGAGCAGGUUGCUGAUCUUGCAGAGUUUAAUGAGAAUGUUCCCCUGGAGCCAGAGGAAGAAGAGCAGAACCGGGUGGAGCAGGAGAUCUCGGCACUAGUGGAGCAGCUGACGCCUAUCGAACGAUAUGCCAUGUACUUCCUGGAAGCCUCUCUGGAGGAAGUCAGCAGAGAGGAACUGAAACAGGCCGAGGAACAAGUAGAAGCCGCCCGCAAGGAUCUGAUCCUAGCCAAAGACGAAAGCGGUCAGAGUAUUGAAGAAAAAUGGGAUGAAGAAAUGAGAAAAAACCGGAGGGUGCGAACGCCCACACCGGCCCGAACCCCUGGGGAACGUGUCGGCGUUAGAAUGAGCGAAAGACUGAGAGGAAACAAGGCGGCUGAGCCCACAGACAUUGCAGAGAGCCUAGCCAUUCCAGAUGUUCCUCUCUCUGCCCAAGAGGACCAUUGUGAAGCUUCCACCCAGACACUGGAAGUGCCCCCCGUUCCAAAUGUGGAUGAUGACCGCCAUGAUGCAGAGACAUCUUGUAGUGCUGCUGUCACAUCAGAACCCACCAUGUCCCCUAUAGUGCCCCCGGUCCCUCAGACAGAGGAAAGUACCACAGAGACUGUUAAGCAAGAAGCAGAGGAUGAAGGCCCAGCUCCAGUGGAGGAGGAGGAAACAGUGUGUGCGCCAAGUACAGAACUCACCCCAGGCAGCCCGGUGGCUAGUGGAUGCACCCCAGGCAGCCCGGUGGCUAGUGGGCACACCCCAGGCAGCCCAGUGCCUAAUGGGCGCAGCCCGGUGGCUAGUGGGCGCACCCCAGGCAGCCCGGUGGCUAGUGGGCGCAGCCCAGUGGCUAGUGGGUGCACCCCAGGCAGCCCGGUGGCUAGUGGGCACAGCCCGGUGGCUAGUGGGCGCAGCCCGGUGGCUAGUGGGCACACCCCGGGCAGCCCGGUGGCUAGUGGGCACACCCCGGGCAGCCCGGUGGCUAGUGGGCACACCCCGAGCAGCCCGGUAGCUAGUGGGCACAGCCCGGUAGCUAGUGGGCACACCCCAGGCAGCCCUGGGACUAGUCCGCGGGAAGAACCCACUCCACCCCGCACACCUCGGAGGAAAAUCACUGCAGACUGUGAGAUUCUGCUGGCUGGAGCUAGCGAAAACUCCCCAGCCGCGAAAGUGCUGAGGCGAUUGCCUGGACGUCUGGUUACCGUGGUACAAGAGAGGCUUCCUGCUGCUCGCCGCCACACUAAGGGAAAAGGAGAGCAAGCUUCUUUAGACAAUGGAGUACUCAGUCCAAAUGUUCCCGAGUAUCAGAGUCCUCCCCGUGAUCUCCUGUCUGAGGACUCCUCUGAGACUGGAAGUCCCCCACCAAAGAGAAAAAGAGGAAGACCCCCCAAGAUUAGUGUAGACAUGUCCUCCCCCACUGCAGUCCCUGACCUGCCUCUGGGAGACAAGUCUCCUGAGCCGCCUCCUCCUCCUCCUCCCCCAGCAGUCAUUUCUGAGUUAUCUCCCCCCUGCCCUGGCCAGACUCCUGCUAGCCCAAGCUUUUCCUCCAAGAUGAAUUUAGAGAGUGAAAACAGUUCUGCUGAGAAGAGGAAGAGAGGACGACCCCCAAAACGACGAGAAUCAUCUCCUGCUACCUCGCCUAUGUCCCCUGCGGGCUCACCUCUUAGAGUUGUGCGGUCCCCGCUUGUAGUCUCUCCAGUUGGUGCGCUGCCUCCAUCUCCCAUAUGUGCAUCACCAAGGUCUCCCGUUAUAGCUUCACCUCCACCCUCUGCCUCUGUUGUCGGAGAUGCUGGACGCGGCCGUUCUCAGGCGCACACUACAGAAGCAAAAUCCUCUGAUGACCGAAGACGCAGCGAUCCCCUUCCGUCAGCUCUUUGUGAUCCCACCGCUAAAUCCACCAUUCCCAGUGAUUCUUCCAACAUUCCCUCAGUGGGCGGGGAGGCCACGAGCAGCAGUGGUGCUGAUGAGCCAGUCACACCAUCUAAACGUAGACGUGGCCGGCCACCCAGGUCACAAAUGGUCCCUAAAGCUAACUGUAGUCUGACAUCGCACAAAUUGGACAGUUCUCCUGACAGGAGUCCUAGUCCUCAGAUGACUACAAGGGCCUGUCAGAGGAAGCCACUGAAAGCAGAAACCAUUGAUUCUAAGGAGCCAAAUUCUUCUCUCGCUGACACCGAUGACUCCUCAGAAGAUGAGGAGAUAAGGACUCCUUUAACCCGAAGCGCCAGGACUCGAUUGGAGACUGGCCAGACUCCUUAUGUAGUUUCCAAAAACUCUGCAGGAACAUCUCCCAAAACCCAGCGUGGGCGUUCUCCCCGUGUUACUCCUACUUCAGAAAAAUCUGCUACCAAAAGACGCAAACCCCCCAGUGAAAGCUCCCCCAGCCCAACCUCCUCCUCCCCCAAUGGUAGCUCCAGUGGCAAUCAAAAAGGGGCAAGAAGAAGACGUCAUUGUUCCCCAGCAGAACGGGUUUUACGCAGUUCCCUUACUGCCAACCCCGCCAGUAACACGCGCUCGGCACGCAGUCAACUUCAAUAUUUUCCCAGCAGCAACAGAGGUAGAAAGGCCAAAACGUGAGGUGGAGAGCAGGCUUUUGUCCUUGUCAGGAUGGGGAGCAGGGCGCUGAGGACUGUCCCAACCAUUCCGGGGGCUGGCUAGGGGCCCCAAUAUUGAGACACACAAUCUAUGCAAAGAGAACCGAAAGAACAGCAGUCGGCAUCUGCUAUGGUGGAAGGGAUGUUUCUGCUGAGGAGCCAAAGGAUUUCCUGCUUGAUUGGCUGAGUAUUGGAUGGGAAUCCGCAAGUGUGACCUAAGCCCCGAGUCUCUGGACAUUAGACAGGAAUCUGCAGGAGUGACCUGAGCCCCGAGUCUCUGGACAUUAGACAGGAAUCCACAGGAGUGACCUGAGCCCCGAGUCUAUAAGACAUUAGACAGGAAUCUGCAGGAGUGACCUGAGCCCCGAGUCUAUAAGACAUUAGACAGGAAUCCGCUGGAGUGACCUGAGCCCCGAGUCUCCUGACAUUAGACAGGAAUCCGCUGGAGUGACCUGAGCCCCGAGUCUCCUGACAUUAGACAGGAAUCCGCAGGAGUGACCUGAGCCCCGAGUCUAUAAGACAUUAGACAGGAAUCCGCUGGAGUGACCUGAGCCCCGAGUCUCCUGACAUUAGACAGGAAUCCGCUGGAGUGACCUGAGCCCCGAGUCUAUAAGACAUUAGACAGGAAUCUGCAGGAGUGACCUGAGCCCCGAGUCUCCUGACAUUAGACAGGAAUCCGCAGGAGUGACCUGAGCCCUGAGUCUCCUGACAUUAGACAGGAAUCCGCAGGAGUGACCUGAGCCCUGAGUCUCCGGAUGUUUCUACACGAGUUCCUGUAAUUCUUUCAUGAAAAUAAAGUGUUAAGUGUAUAACGUUUAAUGAGACGCGUCUGUACGAAUGAGUGGCAUGGCUGGAGCACACAGCGUCUUGUUAAAGGGAAUCUAUCAUGAACUGUUUGUAUAGUUUUAUUAUUAUUUUAGCUAGCAAUGCACAUAAAGCUCUCUAUUUUUGUCUUGUAUUGUUGGAAUAAAGCUCUUGAUAGUGUUGCA